AUGCUUCUCGGCAUGUUCCUGCUCCAGCUUAGCACUGAAUCUCUUAGCCCAGCACUUACAUGGGAAGAAUUCCGUACAAACUUUUUGGACCGUGGAUUGGUUGAGAAAAUUACUGUUGUGAACCGUUCGAUGGCCCGUGUCCAGCUCCGUCAUACAAACUCAUCUGGUUUUGGUGGCAGUUCUCCCUCUGUUGUUUUGUUUACCAUUGGCUCUGUUGAUUCGUUUGAGCGUAAGCUUGAAGAGGCCCAGAAUGAACUGGGUAUCCCCUCUGCUGAACGUGUCCCUGUGUAUUAUACCACUGAAGGCUCUCUCAUGUCAUCCUUAUUUGCUUUCCUUCCCACCAUUCUUUUGAUUGCCGGUAUUUGGUACAUUUCCAAACGUGGUGCCCAAGGCCUUGGUGGCGGUGGUGGCAUUUUCGGUGUCGGCAAGUCAAAGGCUAAACUGUUUAACCAAGAAACUGAUAUCAAGGUCAAGUUUAAAGAUGUGGCUGGUAUGGACGAAGCUAAAGUUGAAAUUAUGGAGUUUGUCAAUUUCUUGAAAGAUCCUAAAAAGUACGAAAGAUUGGGUGCCAAGAUCCCCCGUGGUGCUAUUCUCUCUGGUCCUCCUGGUACCGGUAAGACCCUUGUAGCCAAGGCGACUGCAGGUGAGGCCGGUGUUCCAUUUUUGUCAGUUUCUGGUUCAGAGUUUGUUGAAAUGUUUGUUGGUGUUGGUGCAUCACGUGUUCGUGAUUUGUUCAAGACUGCUCGUAAAAUGGCCCCCAGUAUUAUUUUCAUUGAUGAGAUUGAUGCCAUUGGCAAAGCCCGUGGUCAAGGUGGGUCCUUUGGUGGUAAUGAUGAGAGAGAGUCAACUUUGAAUCAACUUCUUGUUGAGAUGGAUGGAUUUUCUUCUUCUGACCAUGUUGUGGUACUUGCUGGUACUAAUCGUCCGGAUAUUUUGGAUCCUGCGUUGCUCCGUCCUGGUCGUUUUGAUCGCCAUAUUUCCAUUGACAAGCCUGACAUUGAGGGUCGCAAGGCCAUUUUCCAAGUAUACUUGUCCAAGAUUAAGACUCAAUUAGAUAUUAAGGAUUUGAGUGGUCGUCUUGCUGCAUUGACACCUGGGUUUGCAGGUGCUGAUGUUGCCAACUGUGUGAAUGAGGCUGCAUUGAUUGCUGCUCGUAAGGGUGCGCAUUAUGUGUUGAUUGAGCAUUUUGAGCAAGCCAUUGAGAGAGUAAUUGCUGGAUUAGAGAAGAAAUCUCGUGUGUUGAGUGCUGAGGAGCGCCGCACUGUUGCAUACCAUGAGGCUGGACAUGCUAUUUGUGGGUGGUAUUUUAAGUUUGCAGACCCCCUAUUGAAGGUUUCUAUUAUUCCUCGUGGUCAGGGAGCUUUAGGAUAUGCACAAUAUCUUCCUCCUGAUUUGCAAUUGCUUAGUACUGAGGAAUUGAGUGACCGGAUGGCCAUGACACUUGGAGGUCGUGUAUCUGAAGAGAUUCACUUUGACACUGUUACUAGUGGAGCUAGUGAUGAUUUCAAGAAGGUGACAGCUAUGGCAUCCAAUAUGGUUUUACGAUGGGGGAUGUCAGAGCGUGUUGGAUGGUUAAAUUAUGCUGAUAGCAAUGAUUCACAGUUUAGUAAGCCCUUUAGUGAGAAGACUGGAGAGUUGAUUGAUGAUGAGGUUCGACGUAUAGUUGAGGAGGCUCAUGAUAAGUGUGAUAAGUUGUUAAGAUCUAAGCUUCCUGAGAUUAAGAAGGUAGCUGAGGAGUUGUUAACUAAGGAGGUGAUUACACGUGAGGAUAUGAUUCGAUUACUUGGACCACGGCCAUUCCCUGAGCGGAAUGAUGCAUUUGACAAGUAUUUGGAUAAGACCAAGUUGAACAAUGAGAAGGAGAAUUAG